AUGAAUAUGUGUAUCUCAUUGGUUAAAUCCUGUAUCGCUCACUCCUUAUACUAUUGGGCUUUGGGAUAUUAUGUUGUACUAUUCUUUCGAGAGGUUGCUAUGGUCGGUCUAAUUGUAUGCCAGCGUAGAGUUCUGGAGAUAGGAAACUUCAAUACUCUGAAGUUUGUCGCCGUUGAAGAAGCAGCGGUAGUAGUACAGAUCGCUGUAGGGGAUAAUGUAAUGGAAGAUAACAAUGAUAAUAUUGAAUAA